CAACAAAAUCACUAAUCACGAAUACCAGAUUCACACAGCUCAUAGACCAUAGUCAUCCUCUGUAUCUCUCUCUCUCCCUCUCGAUCUGAGCAUCAUCUGAUUCAUAUAUCUCGAUCAGAUCUAUAUGUAUAUGACCUGCAUUGCUCUGAUCUGAUCAGAUCAGACCAGUUCAACUUCAAGUCCCUUUGGGGCGCUAUUAUUGUAUUUUAUGUUGUAUUAGAAAUUAAACUAUACAUACAUACAGUAUCUAUAUAUACACUAAAUAAUAAAUGGCGUCUUCGAUUUCGGCCAUAAGCGAGGAGCUUGGCGAGAUUGACGGACAGAUUUCUGAUAUUUUUCGUGCACUUUCAAAUGGAUUUCAAAAAUUUGAGAAGAUAAAAGAUGCAAACAGACAAAGUAGGCAGUUGGAAGAACUUACUGGAAAGAUGCGUGAAUGUAAAAGGCUUAUCAAAGAAUUUGACAGAGAAGUCAAAGAGUUGGAAUAUACAGUUGAUCCCGAUACAAGCAAGAUACUGAAUGAGAAAAAGCAGUCAAUGGUCAAGGAGCUGAAUUCCUACGUUGCACUGAAAAAGCAAUAUGCAAGCAACAUUGAAAACAAACGAGUUGAUCUAUUUGGAGGACCAGCUGAAGGAUUUGAGGAUGAUAAUAAUGGGGGCUUUCUAGCUUCAUCUAUGACAAAUCAGCAGUUAAUGGAUAAUGGUCAUCAAAUGAUGGAUGAGACUGACCAAGCUAUUGAGAGAUCGAAAAAGGUCGUCCACGAGACUGUAAAUGUUGGAACCGAGACUGCAGCAGCACUUAAAGCACAAACAGAACAAAUGAGUAGAAUUGUUAAUGAACUUGACUCGAUCCAUUUUUCACUCAAGAAGGCAUCUCAAUUGGUGAAGGAAAUUGGUAGGCAGGUUGCAACUGAUCGAUGCAUUAUGACCUUACUCUUUCUUAUUGUGGCCGGUGUCAUAGCCAUCAUUAUCGUGAAGCUGGUGCAUCCAAACAACAAAGACAUUCGAGAUAUUCCGGGAUUAGCCCCUCCCGUUCCUAGUCGAAGACUUCUAUGGAUCCCUGAUUAAUGGCAUUACAGUCAAAGUUUAAAUGAAUGCAUUGUGGGAUUGUCUUCUGCAGCUGCACAUGAACGUAUGCCGUGUUUUGGUAGAAAGUCGGUUUGCAUACAUGAAAACAGACUGCAAAAGCAAGUGAUCUGAUCUACAUCUGACUUGCAGAUGUUUGUCUUUGUUUUCUGUCCUCUAUUAGCAAAUUUUUUUGUUUUGAGAAAGUUAUCUGCAUUUUGGAUCGCUGGAGAGCCUAUAUAUAGUAUUCACAUUUUGCCUGUCUGCCUGAUUAUACCAAGACAUUGUAUAAGUGUAUUUUUAGUUCUGUACCACUGUUCUAUGAGUACAUGAGCGGGGAAAUCAAGUUACUUUCGGAUGUUUGUAUUUUGUACUGUUGCAUCAGUUGAGCGGGUUUUUUGUGAUGUUUAAACGAAUUACUUUACUUAUAACUUUACAAGGGAGCGCAUAUUCACUUUGCUUUC